UUGUACUUUGAAAACCAUAUAGAGUGUGCGAGAAUAUAAAUUUCCUCCAAAACAACAAAAACAAAGUAAAAAAACGAAAAAACAGACGCAGUCCAGCAUCCUUCUUCGGGGGGACCCGGAAAAAACGACGCCGUACCACAAACCUACCUCAAAACCCUACUUUAAACCCCUCUCCCUUCGGUCCAAACUCGAUGGCUCGUCGACGGAUCCUGUUCUUCGCCACCACAACCUGUGCGCGACAAUCGAAUAUCCGUCACAAUGUCCAAUUCAAUCCAUCACAGCAGCACCGCUGGAUUUCCUCCACGACACAGCUCGAUGCGGCGGCCUCAUGGAUGGACAAGAUCAAAGGCGUCAUCACCUGUAAAAAGUCCGCCCCUGAACCAGACCUUCCUUCUCAGGCUAACUUCACCCUCCUUCGGUUUGCGGAGGAGAUGAGGAGUGCGAGAAAAUUAGGGACAUUGAAGCAGUACAUAGUUGGGCGAAGCAGCGAAGCCACUUUCGCUGAAGCUUUCGAGAAGCAGGAAGCUAUUAUUCGGUACCUUGGAGGGUUCGAUCCCACUGGGGAGAAUCUCCAAACCAGUCAAAAGCAAGAAGCAGCUAAGCAAUGUAAUUGCACAAUAGCUGACGUUGAGAAUGCCUUAUCGAAGUUUACUUGGGCUAAAGAAGCACAUAAAAAAGUUGAGAAGUUAAAGGAAGAAGGGAAGCCGAUGCCAAAGAGCUUGGCCGAGGUCCAAAAGCUGAUGGGAUCAACACCGAUGGAUCUUGCCCGGUCAAACUUGGCUAAGAGUGGGCAAAUAAGUAGGAAUGCACUCUGUCCAUGUGGUUCUAAAAAGCGAUACAAGCGGUGCUGUGGGAAGGAUUGAAGAAGCCGACUGUGAAUGAAAGAGAAUAAAAAUCGCAUACUGAAUGGAAUAGGAUAGAAACCCGAAGUGCAAUUCUUAAUAGUAGAGAGGUUCCUGAAGAAAUCAGAAGUGAUGGGGAAAUCGCUAUUGAGAAAGCUCAAUGUGGUUGUUGGUUGUAUUUUGCAGUCCGGAAAGAGUUCUGGAGAAUGUUAAAUUUUGCUCGCCAUGGCCAAAUGUUCUCAUUGUGGACGGUUCAACUUAAACAGCUGCUUGUAAUCUGUUCAUUGUUACUGCUCUGAUUCGGAGAUGGAACAGAUUCAACUACUCAAUGUGCAUAAAGAAUAUCCGUUGUUAUUUUCCUUGUGUUCAUCAAUUUAUGCUAUGUUAAGCUUAUUAGAUUUGUUGAAGGAAAGGAUAAUGAUUGGGAAAUAAAACUCUCUUUCGUGUCCCAAGCAAAAAAAAUAAUUGAAAAAUCGUUAUCUGUGACUUCGUUACCUAUAUUUGACAUUUUUGGAUCUUUUU